UCCUCAGACCGCCUGUGCUGCUGCCUCUGUGUGAGAGGAGGAGGGUGGGAGCGGGGAGAGAGGGCGGCUGCGCAUGCGCAGAGCUGUCACUUCCGCCAUCGGGAGACACCGGAGCGAUGUCUGCCACACUGCGCCCGUACCUCAACACAGUCCGCGCCACCCUACAGGCGGCGAUGUGUCUGGAAAACUUCUCCUCGCAGGUGGUGGAGCGACACAACAAACCUGAAGUGGAAGUAAGGAGUAGUAAAGAACUGCUCUUACAGCCAGUGGUCAUCAGCAGGAACGAGAAGGAGAAGGUUCUAAUUGAGGGGUCCAUCAACUCUGUACGUGUCAGCAUUGCAGUGAAACAGGCUGAUGAAAUUGAAAAGAUUUUAUGUCACAAAUUCAUGCACUUCAUGAUGAUGAGAGCGGAGAAUUUCUUCAUCCUGCGCAGAAAGCCAGUAGAGGGAUACGACAUCAGCUUCCUGAUCACAAACUUCCACACGGAGCAAAUGUACAAACACAAGCUGGUCGACUUUGUGAUUCAUUUUAUGGAGGAGAUCGACAAGGAGAUUAGCGAAAUGAAGCUGUCAGUCAACGCAAGAGCUCGUAUCGUAGCUGAGGAAUUCCUAAAGAACUUUUAAAGAACAUGAAUGGACGGCGGAUGUGACUCCCUUAUUUUGCCCUGUGAUCUCUGCAUCGCUGCCCAAUGGGGCGGGGAAUAAAAGGGCCGAGGGAGGGGGCUUGCAUUUAGGUGCAGAGUAAGGAAACGGUGAAUGUCUGUCAGGUAGACCUCAGGGGGAAAUGUACAUGGCAUUUACCUUCAUUCCAAAUCCCCCACAGGAUGGGACAGAAUAUUUUUAUUGUUAUUUUGAGAGAAAAUUUAUGUGCUUGUCUUGAACCCUGUAAUCCCUUUUUUUUUUUGGAAUUGUUUUAUAUUUACUUUCCUUUCUGCAGUCUCUACAAAGAAGGUCAUAAAAGUGAUUUUUCAGUAUGCCCGCAACUGGAACGUUCAGUGGCAUUGAACGGGCUUCUCUGAGUGCAUUACUGACUUUGUCUGUUCCCCUGUAAAUGGUUUUGUUAUUGGAAAACAAGGUUGGCCAAGGAUUGGGUGCACAAUACACAGCCUGGUGCAUGUGUUAUAAGCUACAGGCCAUCUUCCUGCAUAAUGACCGGUCUGUUAGCGAAGAAGUUAGGGAACACACAAAUGAUAACGAAAGACUGCCAUCCUAUCCGGAGGUACUGUAACUAAGGCUUUUAUUUCCAGUAGUGAUCUAGCGUGUGGCCUCACAGCUGUACAAAAGGGACGACGGCGUGGGUCUGACACACCAGGAAUCCACGCCUACAUUUGCACGCCAUACGGACUUCUGCCAAAUCAUUCAGUUUGUCUCUGGAAGUGUAACAGUGCGUUUCCAGAGUACACUUCUCCCCCGCACCACAAUGAGAAUUGGGGAUCUGUAAAAUUGUCUAUCUCCUGUAUUUUCUGCUUUUUUCGCACUUAAUGUAGAUUUUUCUUAUUCAAAAAUAAAGCCUUUGUCCUGUC